AGUCAGAAGAAGCGUAACCCCACUGAGGAACUCCAGCAAGACUUCACGCAUAAAAGCUUCGAGAUUAACGCACACAAGCCUCGCAACCGCACCAGCUCUUUUCGCACACAUACAUUAUGGGACAUACAACUAACACUAGUUGACAAGGGGACACUUGGAAAGAGAGCGCGCGCAAAGCAUGACUUGGAUACGCUCAUGUAUUUUCCUGUUUUUUGUUGGUCAGGUGUUGGCAAAUCCGCCAACCGAGACGAGGAUAUAUUUGGAUAAUAUUACGCGCAUUUUGGACAGAUUAUUAGAUGGAUAUGACAACAGACUUCGACCUGGAUUUGGAGGUCCUGUCACAGAGGUUAAAACGGACAUCUUUGUCACCAGCUUUGGUCCUGUUUCUGAUGUGGAAAUGGAAUACACAAUGGAUGUAUUUUUUCGGCAAACCUGGAUAGACGACCGGCUGAAAUUUGAGGGCCCCAUUGAGAUCCUGCGUCUCAACAACCUAAUGGUCAGCAAGAUUUGGACACCGGACACUUUCUUCCGAAAUGGCAAACGUUCUAUUUCGCACAACAUGACCACCCCCAACAAGCUGUUCCGCAUCAUGCAGAACGGAACUAUUCUGUACACCAUGAGGUUAACCAUCAAUGCUGAGUGUCCCAUGCGGCUGAUAAAUUUUCCAAUGGAUGGACAUUCAUGUCCUUUGAAAUUCGGCAGCUAUGCCUAUCCAAUGAGUGAGAUUGUUUACACGUGGAAGAAAGGGCCGUUAUUUUCAGUGGAGGUUCCUCAGGAGAGUUCCAGCCUGCUUCAGUAUGAUCUCAUUGGACAGACGGUGUCUAGUGAGAGGCUAAAGUCAAACACAGGUGAAUACAUAGUCAUGACGGUGUACUUCCACUUGCAGAGGAAGAUGGGUUUCUUCUUGAUCCAGACAUACAUCCCUUGCAUUAUGACUGUGAUCCUAGCACAGGUCUCCUUCUGGAUCGACAAAGAGUCAGUACCGGCCAGAACUGUGUUUGGCAUCACCACAGUACUAACCAUGACCACGCUGAGCAUUAGCGCUCGCCACUCGUUACCCAAGGUCUCCUAUGCCACCGCCAUGGACUGGUUCAUCGCCGUCUGCUUCGCAUUCGUCUUCUCAGCCCUUAUCGAGUUCGCCGCUGUCAACUAUUUCUCCACCUUGCAGGCCAAUAAGGAGCUUCGGCGGGCCAGCAUGGCUUGUGCUGCAGUCAGAAGUGAUGGAGAACUUGUUAUGAAUCCUCUGGACCCUGGAGGUGUGCUGAAGAAAAGGCUGAACUCUGCCUCUCAAAGAGAUGCUCCUGAGAGGUUCUCCAGAGCUCCACAGCCUGAUCUCCAUCAGCAAGGCUCCACUGUCCCUGCCUUUAACACGCUGACAACUAGUAUUAUUGACAAGUACUCUCGCAUACUUUUUCCGCUGUCCUUCGGGGCCUUCAACCUGGUUUACUGGAUUGUCUAUCUCACCAAAGACACUAUGGAAUCCAGGGAAGUGUGAGCCCUGUUAGAAAUCACAGAGAAGGGGGGCCGAAUACAUGACCAUCUAUUAAACUGGCGAAUGCAUAGAUGAAUGGAUGGAAGGAAGGAUGGAUGAGAGACACAUUCAGGAUCUGCUGCUGAAGAUAUAACUGUGAUUGUGCUGAGAGGGGACAGUGUUGACUCUUCUUCACCUUUGCCCCUUUCCUCUCUUUCAGCCCAAUAGCAUGUAUUGACCUCUUAUCGCAUGAAACUCUCAGACUGCAGAAUGAUUUUCCUCCUCCCUAAAGACAGUCAAGGUGCAAUGGCAGUUAUGGCACACUUGUUUUGACUCUGUCACACAAUUACA